AUGGGCGGCAUCCUUGUGAAAGAUGCUCUGGCAAUCGGUUAUCAAAGCAAUGACGUCUAUGCAGUUAUACCAACAAUGACCUACGGCAUAUUUUCUUGGCGUUCCUCACUAUGGAUCGUGGCACUCGUCGUGGGGGCAGACUGCUGCUACGAUUUUCCAUUUGAGCCUCUGUUGAAGAUGUAUCGGUUUUUCACAAUCUGCGAGACAAUGGAUGAGGUCGUUGAAGGCAUAAAUAUCGGACUUAUCGUCGAUAGUGACUCGGCGAUCCUCAAAGAAUGUCCAAGGCAACAGGUGGAGUAUUGGCCGAACCGCACGCAUAGGACUCUGUGCAAGUUCGCAAGCACGGAUCCGGAAUGGCAGCUUAUAUCAGAGAUGUUAGUCGAUGCGGCGAAUCAUUCGGCUAACUGUAUUUCUUAUAGCCCGCUCAGUUCCAAGUGGGGGGAGAUAACACAAAGUCAUUUGUGGAAUUCUCAAGAAUCAUCUCCUAUUCCGCUAUCGGAGGCUAUCGUAAAAGCACAAGCAUGUCACAACAUUAUAGCCCAAGACUCCCAGCGGGAUGGACAGCCGUAUCGUCGCCAAGAAGAAAUCAACCGGCUCAACGGUGAUGUCUCAACAUCUGUUCAAUGGCUUUGGCCCAUUGUAUUGCGGAUACUCGGCCUUGAUGCCUUUGCCCUGAUUUGGUUGGUCAGCUUUUUCCUUCCGAGAAGAGAAACUGUUGUAGAAAAUGCCGAGAAAGCUCAGGCCAACGAGCGACGCGUCAUGGAACUUGAGCAAGAGAUUAUUAUAUCUCUUCAUGAGGAUCAGUCGCGGUUGUUGCAUAAAAUCAAUGUGCUGGAGAUCGUGCUGGCCGAUUCGACGCCGGAAAGCAAUGCUGGGACUAGUGCGGAUGAGCUAGUUGUCGGCCGAAGAUUGCUCCGAAAUCUACACCUUGACGUUGGGCAGACGAUACUCGGCAUUCGGCAACACAAUAGAUCGUACCUUGAGGCAGAACGAAGAGUAAACCUCAUAGAAGAUUCUAGGAGAGUAACUGCGGGGAGAAAUGAUACUGAAUUCUGGGUUGCCAUUGGGGAAAGAGCACAGGAAGAAGAAAGAAGGCUACAGAAGAGAACAGAGAAUGGAGUUACACAGGAGGAUAGCUGUGGCAAGGGGACAGAGGUGUCAAUACUGAACAAGUAUGUGAUGAGAAUCAAUCCUCAUUCCAGUACGGAUUAUCUGGCCGCCGCUCAUAUUAUUGAAACGCACUGA